AUAAAGGUGGAAGAACAGGUCAAUCCGCGGAGCAGUCGGACCCUCAGAUCACACACAGCUGCCCAACGCGAACGGGAGGAACGCGAUCGUCAUAACAACGCGCCAAUAAAGAAACGCAAGAUCCGCUCCAAGGCUGGCGACUCUGAGGCUACCGCUUAUACAACGAAUGGGUCGGACUCGCGAGACGACAACGGAUCGGACAUGCCGAUGACAGAUCACGGUGCCGACUCCUGCUCAUCCCUUGAUCACGCCAACAACAACACCAACAACAACAACAACAACCACGGUCCCAGCACCGGCAAUUCCGCCGCGAAGGCGGAACAGUACGAGGGCUACGAGAGUACGGCAAACUCUGCUGGCAGCUCUGGUGAGGCGGCCUGUGAUGCGGCGUUACGAGGAUUCCCCUCUUCCUCAUCCUCCUCCUCCACCGUGAAGGCUUUCGACGAUCCCCUGAAACCCAGCCCUCUGGCCUGGGGUGAAAACCCCUAUGACAAAGCCGCUGCGUUAAAUAAAGGGUUGAAUGAAUUAAUUGGCAAGCUUGUGGAAUUACAGCCCAAAGAGCCGACCGGCUACCAGGACUAUUUGCUUGUGACUCGAGAGUACCUCCUGCAAGAUCGAAUUCCUUCUCAUCUUGUCAAGCGCCGAACCGACCGAUUGAAAUUCGAUCUUUAG